GAGAAGUCCGAAUUUGAGGCCAGUAAAGCAAAACGGAUUUUAUUGUAAAUGGCACAUCUACCAAAUCAUUGCAUGGAUAUUGAUACUGCUCACUAUAGUGUUAUUCAUCACUUUCUUGGCACCCUCAAUGGACACUCCUGUGACGAUAAUCGCAAGUGUAAUUAUCGGAAUACUGAAUGUGAUUAUAAUAAUAAGUAAGAUAGUGACAACAGCGAUUAUUCCUACGGAUAAAACAGUUUUUCAUACUCAGAAAAUACUCAAAAAGGAUCAGAAUUACCUUCCUAAAAAUGAUGAAAAGUUCUGAAUGUACUGACAAUCUUUUUCAAAGAAGGAAUCAAAGCAUUGUGGCCAGUGCAACCGAUGAGUUGAUGAUUUCGAUCAUCACUGUAAAUGGUUGAACAACUGCAUAGGAGCAAGGAACUAUAGAUGGUUUAUAACUCUAGUAAUAAACACAUUCCUCUCAAGCGUAACUGUGUUUAUUUUCUGAGUGAUUUACUUCAUAGCCUAUCACAGAAACAAACUCGAAAAUGGGAGGGACACCUCAACUUACAUCGGAAUUUGUCUAUUAUCUGUCCUAAACAUUGGUAAACUCCUUUUCUGAACCCACCUAUUGUGUUUCCAGCUCUACAUAAAGUCCAAAGGUCUAACAACUUACAAAUAUGUGUUAAAAAAGAGGCAGAAGAAAAUGAAAUAAGGUAGAAGCCAGAACAGAAGAGCUGAAAAUGCUGUACGAUGAAGUCAUGAACGAGUCAAGGAGCCAAGGCAGAAUCAGUAUCGCUUCCAAAGUCAUUGACGAUAUUUUCACAGAGAGUAAAGGGUCGAUUUGCAAGCUGAAAAACCAAAUUUUGGGAAAAUCUUGUCAGAGACUGAAUACUGAGGAGAAAUAGGGAAGUUCAUAACCUUAUUUCAAAGGCUGAGUUACGAAUGAAGAAUCGACAGAGCCAGAUGUACAAGAUUCGUCAGAGCAAAUUUCUCCAUCUCUAUAAAAAUGAUACAAAUUUUGAGGAACCUGAAGAAUCUAAAAUUUUCAACUUGAAUAUCAAGAAGUUGAAAUAAUGAAAGUAAUGGAUUUAGUAAUACCCCAGAUACAAAUAAAGUAUUUCCAGAGUGUCGUACCGAACACGAUUAUAAUUGUAAGCAAUUGUCGAUGGUAUCCAGCAACUCUGGGAGCAAUGAAAUGUCCUCAGGACCCAUAUUAACCAAGAAACUUAAGAAUCUAAGACAAUUGAAUACACAAUCUGGAAAUAAAGAGUCUCCUCUCAAAAUUAAGAAGCAUUCGAAAUCUAGUUUUGAUCGUAAAAAAGAAAUUAAUAAUAAAGGUGGACUUCAUCCUAGUAAGUUCCAGUUACGCAAAUUUCAUCCUGAAGAGAACGUGACUGAUAAGACUAUCACAAAUUAGUGGA